CAUAUCAAAUAGAUUGUUACUUACCUUUGUUUCUUUGAAUCAAAUGUGCAAUUUGAGCAUCAAGUCUGAGAAGUUGGUAAAUAGUAAAUCUCUUGCAAUUAUUUGAAAAUUCAUCAAUAUCAUGAAAAAGAAACCGCAGAGGAUAUCCACUAAAAGCAAUUAGAAAUAAAAAUGAAAAUAAAAAUCAAACACAACAUCAACACAAAUCUGUUUGAAAUGUGCUGAUGUUCAUCCCCUUCAACUCCCUUGUUGCUCAACUCUCAAAGCUGAAGCUUCCAAUCUCAAGAACCAAAGAGCUUCACGCUUUCAUAAUCAAGACUCAUCUCUCACAAGACCCAUUUUACGCUACAAAAAUUAUAAGAUUCUAUGCUCUAAACAACGACAUCAUCUCUGCACACAAAGUGUUUGAUAAAACUCCUCAUCGAACCAUUUACCUCUGGAACUCCUUAAUUCGAGGUUAUGCCAGAGCCCACAAGUUUAGAAAUGCAUUUUCGCUGUUUAAUGAUAUGCUUCAUUCUCAAAUAAUGCCUGAUAACUUCACUUAUGCAUGCCUUGUAAAAGCCAGCUCUGAGAAUUUUGAUUUGCACAGCUUGAGAGUUUUACAUGGAGGGGUUGUUCUAUCUGGGUUGCGGUUGGACUUUAUCUGUAGUAGUCAACUGGUAAGUGCUUAUUCAAGAUUAGGCUGUAUAGCUGAUGCAAGCAAGGUGUUUUCUGGGAUAACGGAGCCGGAUUUGGUCUUAUGGAAUUCAAUGUUAUCAGGUUAUGGGGGUCUUGGGGAAUUGGAGAAAGGGAUAGCGUUGUUUAGUAAAAUGCAGAUAAUGGGGGUGAGGCCUGAUGAGUACUCGAUGGUAGGCCUGAUUAUGACUAUAGAUGAUUCUAGUGUGUUGGAAACAGGUGAAGCAAUCCAUGGAUUUUGUUUAAAACUUGGUGUAGAGUCAAAUGAUCAUGUAACCAGUCUUCUUGUUAGUAUGUAUUCUAGGUGUAAAUGUAUAGAUUCAGCAUUUAUUGUCUUUGGUAGUCUUGUAGAACCUGAUUUAGUUACAUGGUCUGCUUUAAUAAGCGGUAUUUCGCUGUGUGGCGAUAGUGUCAAUGCCUUGGAUUUCUUCAGAGAAAUGAAUAUGAAAGGUGGGAAGGCAGAUGCGUCGCUGAUUGCCAAUGUACUGACUGCUUGUACUCAGUUGGCAAAUGUGCAGCCAGGCAUUGAGAUACAUGGUUAUGCUUUUCGACAUGGAUAUCACUCGGAAGUUAUGGUCUCCUCUGCUCUACUUGACAUGUACUCGAAAUGUGGGUUCUUGGAAUUUGGCUAUCAAGUUUAUGAGACUAUGGUUUUCAAGAAUAUUGUUUCAUACAAUUCAAUUAUUUCAAGUCUUGGUUUACAUGGACUUGCAUCUCAUGCCUUUCAGAUAUUCGAGAAGGCACUGGAGGAAGGGCACAAACCAGAUGAAGCUACAUUUUCUGCACUCCUUUGUGCAUGUUGUCAUGCUGGUCUUGUCAAUGACGGACGAGAAUAUUUUAGAAAAAUGAAAGAUCACUUUGGCAUCUUAGCUAACACUGAACAUUAUAUUUACAUGGUAAAGCUUCUUGGAAUGGAAGGACAAUUAAGAGAAGCUUAUGAACUUGUUCAGUCACUGCAAGAACCAAUUGACUCCGGCAUUUGGGGAGCACUAUUAUCAUGCUGUGAUGCUCAUCGAAAUUAUGAGUUGGCAGAUAUUGUAGCUUGUCGUCUUUUUGGGAAUAAGCUAGAGAAUAGUAGUUACAGAAUUAUGCUUUCAAAUAUGUAUGCUAGUGAUGGGAGGUGGGAUUUGGUAAAUAAGUUGAGAGUAGAUUCUGAGAUAACAAAGUUGAAACUUCCUGGAAAAAGCUGGAUUACUAGUAAAAAAACAUUCCUUUGAAAGGAACUCUUGAGGUGUCUUCUGUGACAUCUUUCACGAGUUAACAGUUGCUGAAUCUAGGAUCAGAAGCUGUGAGAGGAGGUGGGAUCGAUCUAAUUGUCUUGUCACAAAAGGGAAUGUUAUCAUGUAAUUCCAUAACAAAUGGAAAAGAAGAUGAGUUUGACUCAUUCUGCACUCAACUUAAAUGAUUCUAACAAGUAUGAAGGUUCAUUUCCUCACUUCUGUGUCUUCUUCCACAAAACGUUUUACCAUGAAUAAUCAUGACUUCAAUCUGUAGUUAUCAUGUUAAAAACAUGAUGUCAACAGAUGGUGAAGGCAUGAUAACUAGAACUUACGUAAAGCUAAAACAUACAAGAAAUAGCUUACGACCUUUGUUGUUCUGGAUUUCGUUGAUCAGUUAUGUAUCAGCCCUUAGUAAUUGGGUGACAAAGACCUUUUUUCCUUUUAGGUCUCUGUUCUAUAUGAAAGUUCAAUCUGCAUGAUUUCAAACUGGUGGGCACUUUGACUGCUCAAGAAUGGUGACAAAUAGUGAUCAUUUUCAUCAUGGACUUGAUGUUUGGAGGCUUGAAGAAAUCCUGGAUCAUAAAUUCAGUUGCCCGACAAAUCUGCUACUUCAAGUGAAAGGUAUCACAGGUUAGAAACAGCUCUCCUGCAUAAGCAGGAUGAUAGCUAGUGGCUUCUGUUUGUUCGUUGUUAUCUUUGUGCGACAAAUUGGUUGCUUCUAAAAGACCGAAAUUAUUUAUAAUAAGGAAAAGAAGAAAACAUUAUGGCAACACAAAGCAUCAAAGCUGAAGUUAGUAUUUGGUAUUGUACUUAUCCUUCUGCAAAGUGAUAACUAUGCUGCUUGUGAUGAGAUCCUUGUAACAGCCUCUUUCUUGAACGCUGGAAGACAACAAGUUAUAAGAAUUAUCAGUAUGCAAGCACGUAGCAUUUAAUUAAAAAAUCUUGAAGUCCAAUUAGAAGUUUUAUUGCCUCAGAAAUAUCGAAUUUGUCAAAGGAAAAUGCCCUAAACUGUCAAAUUGUGUUAAGCAUUUACUAUUUGUCUAUUUCUUUCCCUUUCCACUUUUGUAAGUUGUUACUGCUUUACUAAAUGGUUGUACUUAUCAAA